AUGUUGAUCUUGUCAAUUUUUGCUUCCAGGAAUCUGCCACAAAAUAUGGAGUCGAAGAGGGUGAACAUUGUUGAUUGUCUAACUGAUGAUAUAUUGGUGGAAAUCCUCUCUCGAGUGCCACCCAAGUCUUUUUGCCGCUUCAAAUGUGUGUGCAAGGCUUGGCUUGCCUUCUCCUCUGAUCCUCUCUACCGUCGGAAGCUGCCAAAAACUUCCACUGGUCUUCUCUACAAACCUCAAUACGGGUCUGCUAUUCAGCUUGUUGGCAUGUCCCCAAAUGAUGAGGAAAUUGAUGGAGCUUUUACAUUCAUCCCUCAGUACGAGCAAUUAGAACUUGUGGACUAUUGCAAUGGCCUGGUACUUUGCCGGUACAAGAGCAGAUAUACUUCUGCAGAAACUUGCCGCUUCAUUGUUUGCAACCCAGCAACACGAGAGUGGAGGACGCUGCCUAUUCUUAAUACUCCAUAUGGCCCAAAUGUCUCCCCCUAUACAGCUUUUUUGGCCUUCGAUCCAUCAUGGUCGGGAAAGUUCUAUGUCUUCAACUUUCAGGAGAAGUUAAAAAACAACUUGCCACUUGUUAUCUACAAACUUGAGGUGUUCUCGUCUGACCUAUGUGAGUGGCUUGUCGAUGAUGCAUGGAGUGGGAACCAUAGGAUAAUGGUCAAUAAACCACACAACUUUAUAGGUGGGGUGUUUCAUGUGCAUAGCAACACUAGUGAGAUUCUUGUGGUUAAAGGCUUGAGUUCUGGCAUAAUGCCAUAUCAUUAUACUAUCAAGCUGCCGGGUGACUGUUGGAAUGGUUGCUUCAGCCAAUCAAUGGGGCUUUUGCAGUGCGCAUUUCCAGAGGAGGGCGGCAGUACAAUUGCAGUUUUCACUCUUGAUGAUUAUCGUCCUUGCAAGUGGUCUCUAAAGCAUCGUUUUUGUAUGGGAGAUGCAUUUGGAAGGGACAACUUCCUUCCCAACCGAGAUUAUCUGUCCUGGUUGUGUUUUUAUCGGAUUGUUGCUCUUGACUUGGAAAGAGGGGUCCUCUUCCUCGUUGACAAGGAGUCAAAUAAGCUUUUCUCAUACAAAACUAGCACAGGGCAACUUAGUGAGAUUAAAGAUGGUCGCCUCGGUUGGACCUGGGAAUGCUUUUAUUACGUGGCAUGCUACUCAAAGCUCCCAGUGCUGAGCCGUUUAUGUGAUGUAAUUGAGUAG